GAUCAUCUCGCCGCACCUGCUACUAAACACCUACUACCAUCCUCACCACAAGCGGUAUCAUCCAAUGGCAUCGCUGCCCAGUGCCGUACGGACAACGUCGAGGAGGACACUCAGGCAGCUCGUGGCAGCAAGGGGCGCCUCAGCCUGUGCCUCCUCCUCAAAGGCACCCAGCAGUUGUCAGCACCCACGCCAGUCCAUCCGUCACAAGAGCUCGGUAGCAUCGUCAAGCGGCAGCAGCUCGUCGUCGCCAGCUCCUGCUGGAUCAGCUGCACCUCCGGCUGCCGUGCCGCCCAUUGCGCGAUCGGCUCCUGCAGUCUACGCUGCCCUCCUCCCCCAUCAGCGGGCCACUCUCACCUCUCUCCUGGCACGUCUGAACCUGCCUACCGACGAUGAAGCUCUCCUUUCGCAGCUCUCAUCGGCCCUUACGCACCCUUCAUGGACAGUACUGCGGGACAGCCUUCUUGACAAUUCCUACAAGAAGGAGUCCCUUGGCUCCACCCUCGCUGCCCAACUUGAAGCUGCCCGUACAGCCUCGCAGGGCGGCGUGUCUCAGCACAAUGCAGCAUUAGCAGGACUUGGAAAUUCGCUCUUGGGCAUGAUCACCACCGAGCAUCUCCAUCUCACAUAUCCCAACUUGCCCAAUCGGGUACUCAAGGCAGCCCUGUCUGCCCACGUUGGGCCACAGACUUCGUCGGAUGUAGCCGUAGAGCUGGGAAUGGGCGCAAAGGGCGUUAUGAAGUGGGACGUAUCGGGCGAAGACAAGGUGCGAGGGGCAGAUGGCAAAUGGAGAAAGAGGAGUAGCAAGGAGGUGUUUGCUCAGGCGAUGCGAGCCGUCGUCGGGCUCAUCUUCCAAACAAGGGGCAUCGCGCAAACGCGCUCCUUUGUUCUAUCACACUUCCUCUCCCGUCUACCCCUGCCACCCCCCAUCAGCUCUGGACCAGUCACCUCCACCUCCAGCACAGCCUCCUCUUCACACCCUCUCGCCCCCCUCCUCAAAUUCACAGAUCCAAAGAGGAACCUCUCACUAGUGUUGCAGAGGUACAAUCUAGAGAAGCCUCAAAGUAGACUGAUCGCAGAGACGGGUCGGUUGAGCCAGAAUGCAGUGUUUGGCGUGGGGGUGUAUAGCGGCUCCAGAAAGGUCGGUGAAGGGUGGGGCAGUGCAAUCAGGAUGGCCGAGUACAGGGCGGCCGAAGAUGCUCUCCGCCGUCUGUACCUCUCUCCCGCACCGGCCCUAGCAUCGGAAGAGGUGCCGUCAUCGACUCUGGACGCCGUCUUCGCUGGCAGCAAGCCCCUACUACCUGGCAGUACCAGCCGUUCGAGCCAGGGAAGGGACAUUUGGGCGAUUGGAGAGGAUCUGAUGGAUUCCCGUGCGAGCGGGGAGUACAGGCCGAGGAAGCUGGGAGAGAGUGAGAUUGUCUUUGGCAGCAAGGCCUGAUAGUAGACGCAAGGGGAACAAUAGGGCUUUGAUGCAAUGUACAACUUCACUGUGACUCUACAUGGACUGUUGUUGACCGUGCCUUACUU